AAGGAAAUCAUAACUCACCAUGUUUCUCGUGAAGACAUGGAGAUCGGUUGCAUUUGGGGUUUAUGGCUACAAGAAUUUCACCCAAUCCGCUUUUAAGGAGCAUUCAAAGAAUUUCAGACCAGAAGAUAUGCAAUCGCAAAUCGAAGGAAAGAACUGCAUCGUCACCGGAGCGAACUCUGGCAUCGGUUACGCAGCUGCCGAGGGCCUUGCUUCUCGUGGAGCGAAUGUGUAUAUGGUGUGUCGGAAUAAAGAGAGGGGCGAGACAGCAGUUUCGGAGAUUCAGUCGACAACGGGAAACAAAAAUGUUUACUUGGAGGUCUGUGAUAUUUCUUGCAUCACUGACGUCAAGUCUUUUGCGUCUCGGUUUUCUUCAAAGGAUGUGCCUGUUCAUAUACUGGUUAACAACGCUGGUGUGCUCGAGAAUGAUCGUGUAAUUACCUCAGAAGGAUACGAGAUGAAUUUUGCGGUGAAUGUAUUAGGAACUUACACUAUAACAGAAGCUAUGUUGCCAUUGCUCGAAAAGGCUGCACCUUAUGCUCGUGUCAUCACUGUUUCGUCGGGAGGAAUGUAUACUUCCCCGUUGAUGGAAGAUUUGCAGUUCAGCGGUAAUAAAUUUGACGGGGUUGCACAGUAUGCACGGAACAAGCGAGUGCAGGUGGCUUUAACAGAAAAAUGGGCCGAUAAAUACAAAGAUAAAGGUAUCGGCUUCUACUCAAUGCACCCUGGUUGGGCAGCAACACCCGGAGUCGCCACCAGUUUGCCCGAUUUUUCUAAAUCAUUUUCAGAAAAAUUUCGAACGAGUGCCGAAGGAGCUGAUACAAUAAUAUGGUUGGCUUUACAACCAAAGGAAAAACUCGUUUCGGGAGGGUUUUAUUUCGAUCGAGAAGAAACGACUAAGCACUUACUAUUUGCAGCUACAAAGGGCUCUCAUUCUGCUAUAGACUCUAUUGCUAAUACACUCCACACUUUGUCCAGUCUUUAGUUAUAACUUAUAACCACCAUUUCUUGAUUUUCUUGUUUUUUUUAAUUUGUUUGUUUAGAGUUCCUAUUUUUUUGUGCCUAGGUUAGAUUUUUCAUGUUAAAAAUAUAAUUAGGGGAUAUCGAACUUUUAUAAGGUUGAAUAAAAAAAAUGUUUAUUGUGUAAAAACACCCUACAUCUAGGGGUGGAAAUUAGAACAAAAUUUUUGAAUUCUGCCGAUUUCGAUCUGAAAAUAUUCGAAUUUGGAACCACUUUUAUGAUA